GCAGCACAGCCGGGCUUUGACCUGAAUGGCAACCCCCUCUUCGGAUCGUUUGGACGGCGGAGGGCAGUCGGCGGGACGUCGGAAAACGGGAGGAGCUUUGCUGGCUCGCUUCCGAGGAUUGCGCCCCUCAACGCGCUCACGCGGAACACGGUCGUCAGCAGACGUUUCAACGAAGCGAGGUCGACGAAGCCCGACGUCUUUAGCGGGGCACGUCUCAGGGAAGAGGAGGUUCACGUCGGACAGAAAACUGUUCAGCAAUCAUCUAAGACGGAUGAAGACAUCUGGGAAUCCGUUCUUCGAUCGAAAAGCAGACAGCACUUCACCUGGGAGACCCUGGGAUGCGUGGGUGUCACGAAAGAGGAGCCGUUCCUCACGGAGGCUGGGCAGGAAGCGGCGGAAGCGAUGCAACAGUUCUGCUUGCAGCUGUCCUCGAUCGUGCUGGGCAGCGAAACGGACUCUGCUGUCGUGGACCAGACUCUCCUCGUCCAACACAUCGUGCAGCUUCUUGCCGGAAUCCCGUCGGACUACUUUCCGUACGACGCGUUUGUCGGCCGCUUUGUCGUCAAGAAGGGGAUCCGACUGAGCGGCAUGUCGUCCGAAGCCCUGGCUCCCAUGAUGUCCGAGUUUGCGAGCUGCGGUGCGAAAGUGCGCUUUCUGGACACCAUUUCAAGCCCUCCGUCGGAACCCGGCGAUGUUCAGCGCUGCCUCACUUUGGCCGCUUUCCGGGAGGGCCUCAGGCGUUACCUGCACCACUACCGGGGUGCCCUCCUGCCCAUGACGGAGCACCUGGAUUCCCUGACGGUGAUGCAGCUUCACCACCUCACCAAUGGCCUUAGGGACCAGAUUGAAUUUCUGGCCAAUUUCUGUGUAAUGGAGGUACAGAUGAGCGGAAGCGGACAGGAGGGCAUGAGGCUGCUGGGUCGUCUGCAACGCAAGGCGGAGGAGGUUCGGGGACUGCAAGGGUAUAUUGUGAUGGUCUUCCUCCUUCAGCAUGCCUGCAGGCCUUACCUGGGGUUCUUGCAAGACUGGCUGUUUAACGGAAUAUGCAACGACCAAUACGGCGAGUUUCCCAUUCAGCUGAACGAAGAGUCUGCAGCACUCAGAGAUGCAGAGUUCUGGGAGAGCAGUUUUGCUCUCCGCUUUGGCGGCGACAGCGCCGAGGAGGUUCCAUUCUUAGACGACUGCCUGGACGACGUCUUCAAGUGCGCCAAGGCGACCAUGCUGCUCAAAGUCUGCAGGCCUCAGACCCCGCUCUUUCGAAAAGGUAUGGAUCGUCCCACACUGAGGCUGGCUUUCACCGGGAGCAAACUGGCAGAGAUCGAGGCCGCCUCCCAACGUUACCUUGAGGACACCGGGCGGGAACUGGAGCUCGGGGUGCUGCCGCGGCUGCGGCCGGGACAUUUCCCCGACGUUGAAGUUCCAGAAGAAUGGCCGAAGCCCUGGGAGAGCGGCGUUCGAGUUGAGGAAAAACUUCGGCUCUACUCCGUCCCGAGGUCGCCUAGCUCAACCUUGAAGAAACACUCAAUCUCACCAUCGCAAGACACUUCUGCGCGGCCCUCCGAAGGCUCCGAGACUGCUCCGGAUUUGAUCUACUCCGUGAUCACUGGAACGCACAUGGCAGUGGGUGGAAGGUCGCACGGACGUCGGGUGGAAGAGUCGGAGCACGUCGAGCACGGACUUUACUGCAACGAAACCGGGACGUACAUGAAGCCGGCACAGCGCAGCGCUCACGGACACGCGUCUCGUUCCCAACUCGGACAAAUCCUCUAUCCGGAUUUGGAUUUGGAUAAAGGAGGGUGCACGGAACGAAUGGUUCUGGAAGCUGGCGCGGGAGAACCGGUACCCAACUCCGGCUUUAAAGACGUCCUUGAGUCUUGUCGAUCCGACGCCACGGCGGCGGAAGUUGAAACCUCUGAAGGGACGUGCUCCAGUACCGACCAGAAUCGGAACGUUCAUGACGCAGAAGACGACACCAGCAAAGCCGGCGAGAGGCUUGCAGAAUCGAUGCCGGAUUUCCAUACCGACGAGAGCGACGAGAUAGUGUCAAGCAUUUCGCAGACGUCGGCGAGAAAAGUCGGCAAAGCAGAUGAUGGGGGUGGUGCCAACGAAAUUGGCGACGAAUCAGACGACGACGCGUUUGACGACGAAGACGUGGAGAGCGAUCAGGUCGAGGACGGUCGGGACGAUGUUUCGUGUGGGCAGAAACCGCGAACGUCCUCGGGUCCUACCCAGGGACAAGGGGGAGGUGACAUGGUGGGAUGGGCGGAGGGUUGGAGGACUCCAUACGUCGCGACGACAUACCGCCGGGCAUUCCCGGAAUGUGUGCAGGAGCCAUUCCCCUCCAACCUGUUUCCCCUGGCUGAUCACGAGCCAGACGAAGAAUCUCUAGCCGACUGGAGCCAAGACAAUGGGUUUGACCGGCUUCCCUUGGAGGUGGUGCUCAAGCGUUCUCUCCUGCCGCCACUGACUGCACAAAUUCGCCUGGUGGACAGGGCGUGCGUGACAUUCCUCAUCAAGGACCUGGGCUUGUACGCGCACCUGGAAGCCCUGAGCAACUUCUUCUGCUUCCAGGACGGCGAGUUUGGGCAGGGCUUCUGCGAUGCCGUCUGCGAAAAGCUGGGAAAGCCACUGCGGUCCCCUGUGGACUUCCUCAACCCCGCAACGCUCAACGGCGUGCUUCAGCACGCUCUGCAUUCUUCGCUACGAGGCGACACCCCAGAGGCGUCCAACCUGAGCCUGGAUGCCAGGCGCAUACCGUCGGCUAUCGCACCAGGACAGAACAUCCUGAGCUGCCUCGUGCUCAAGUACAAGAUUGACUGGCCUCUGAACAUCGUCAUCACGUCACCCUGCCUGCUCCGUUACAACAAGAUCUUCGGGUUCUUGCUCUACAUCCGAAGGACGCAGUGGGCCCUCUUUGACAUUUGGUGCAAUCUGAAGCCCUCGGCCUUACCUCGGAAUCCACACGGAUCGCCCCAAUUCCAGCAGUUGCAGCUCAUGCGGCACGAGAUGCAGCAGUUUGUGCAGCUGCUGCAGGGCUACGUGGGCGGGCAGGUGAUGCAGACGUCGCUGGCCGAGCUGCAGGACGACCUGGACAGGCAGGUUCGCAACGUGGAUGACCUGCGCAACACCCACCUGCUCUUCCUCAAGCGCCUCAGCCAGCGGCUGCUCCUGGCACGCAGAGCGACUCCGGUCGCCAAGCUGCUCCGAGAAGCGCUCAGGACGGUGCUCCUCUUCCAGGCGGAGCUGUCCGCCCAGUCGUGGCUCGUCGAGGGCGGGGAGCUCCGCCACCCCGCGUUCCGCAGGUUCCAACACGCUCACACCAAGUUUCGUCAGACAGUCAAUCUCUUGCUCACGACUUGGCUGGCCGACGCCGUUGGCGCCCCAAGCGCUGACGAGCUGGGAGGAGUUGCAGUGUCGGCAGAGCUGCUUCAAGCUCUCAUCGGUUCUGGGCUCCACCGCGUUCCUGUGGCCUGACGCCGCCGUCCACGGUCAAGACGUCGGGGGUUCCCCCUCGGAGGCGCAGACGGCGCCGUCCGACUGCUCGGGGGUUUCGUCGAUCGCUUGCAAUUUGUCGUUUUAAUUUGUUUGUUUGUAAACUCUGAGUGCCAAACUCGAAAAAAGUGACUCCGCGGGAGGGCGUCUACGUGGAAGGGGGUCGUUAACCCCUUAAGUGCCAAAUUUUUUUUUCUAAAAGUAACCUAAAAGUGCCAUAUUUUUUUUUUAUUUUGAAUUGUUACUCCUCUAGUAUUACACAUAAAAUUUGAAAAGUUUAUUGCACAGGCAUCGGCGGAGGCGAAAAAAAAUAUUUGCCAACUAAAACGAGUGCUGCCAUCUAUGAUCAGCGCCGCAGAACUACUCGGACGAGCCCAGCUCGUCCAUGGAAUUGAGGGUUACCGAAAAAAACCACUGACAAGCUGAGCUCUUCCACGGCAUUUUUAGCCAGAAAGUGACCGACGAGCUCAGCUCGUCCAAGGCACUUAAGGGGUUAAUCCUGCUGUUGAAUCGCAGUUUUACAUAUGUACAUAUGAAAGAUCUUUUUGAACUAGGCACCGUUUCGGCUUGCAAUGGAUGCUUCGAGCCAUCCCCACAAAUCCAGCGCCGUGUGCAUGUCGUCAGACGCUGCGCCCCACACGUCACGUAACACUCGCACGGCUUUGGAUUGGUUCCGACGGCUCAUAGCCUCCACUGCGGUCCAUUGUAAGAUGAAACAAAGUAUGCAGCAUUCAUCAAGAAUUUUUUUUUUCAUUAUUAUUUAAUUUUCUAGAUGUGUGUGCUGGUCUAAUUGCCGAAGACAGUGCGACCAGCUAUGCUACUUUCCGUUAAUUGUAUUGGCGGAUCAGAUUGCGCCAUAAAUCCAAAACUGAGGUGGAUGACAAGUCAGCGUUGAUAUUCUGUCGACGAGCCCGAAGAAAUGUCGCACCUAGAGUUCCUGUAUAGGGGCUCCCUACGGGAGCCAGAGUUGUGUGUCUCUUUUCCACGUGCUGCUGCGCCGCUGUUAGCUGAGAUCUGAUCACGUGAGGAGCAGGAUCAAAGGCCGUGCAGGAAAGUAGAUGUUACACGCACCCCGACGUACAUUCCCGUGCUUUUUAGCGCGCCUCGAACGUGCGGCGCCGCUAUUCGCUGAAUUCAGUCGCGUGAGGAAGAGGAUCAACAUGUUGUGCAGGAAAGGUGGCGCUACAGGGAUGAACGCGCGACUCUGGCUCCCUUGGGAGCCUAUACAGGAACAACAGUCACGUCCGGAAAGAUUUGCUCCAGGAGCCAAAUCGUUUGUCCUGGCAGUUUUUUUCACACGUUCAAGAACUGAAUAAAAGUUUGUUGACAAGCAAAA